ACUACUUACUAAUUAAAGCCUCUCCCAUCGGCAGCAAAUUAAACCCAUCUCCCGGCCGGCCAUGGCCCCAAACUACCCAGACGGCGACCAAGUGUCCGCCACCGGCACCACCGUCACAAAAGCCUUCCUCUUCCUCGUAUCCCUCCUCGUCUCCAUCCUCCUUACAACAACCCUCAAGAGGAAACGAGCCGCCGCCUCCAAGCCCCCGCCACUCCCUCCAACCCCGCCAUCAUGGCCGGUGAUCGGGAACCUCCCGGAGAUACUAUCCCGCACGAAGCCCACCUUCCGGUGGGUCCACGACGUGAUGAAGGAGAUGAACACCGACAUCUCCCUCAUCCGCCUCCCCGGCGGCGGCCCCACCAUCGUCCCCGUCCUCGACCCGGCCAUCGCCAGGGAGAUGCUCAAAAAGCACGACGCCGCCUUCGCCGACCGCCCCACUUCCUUCGGCAGCCACGUCAUCAGCGGCGGCUACUUGACCGCCGUGCUGUCGUCCUGCGACGACCAGUGGCGCAAAAUGCGGAAGGUGCUGACCUCCGAGAUCGUCUCCCCAGCCAGGCACAGGUGGCUCCAUGAAAAGCGCGCCGAGGAGGCCGACAACCUCGUCUUCUACGUGCACAGCCGUUGCAUGGCCGGGAAGAGCGUCGACCUCAGGGUCGCCACGCGGCAUUACUGCGGCAACGUCAUGAGGAAGAUGCUCUUCGGCCGCAGAUUCUUCGGGGAGCCAACCUCGGAUGGUGGGCCCGGGCCGAUGGAAGUAGAGCAGGUGGAAGCAUUGUUCAUCGGAUUGAAGUACUUGUACUUCUCCGGUGUAUCGGAUUACCUGCCGUGGUUGAGGGGAUGGGACGUCGAUGGAAAGGAGAAGAUUAGUAGGGAAGCGGAUAAGACCAUCAAAGCUCUCCAAAACCCUAUUAUUGACGAGAGGAUUCGACAGUGGAGAAGUGGAGAGAGGAAGGAGAUCGAUGACCUCAUUGAUGUACUCGUCACUCUCAAGGAUGACGUCGAUGGGAAACCCUUGCUUACACCCCAAGAAAUCAAGAGCCAGGCUGCGGAAUUAAUGAUGGCGGUGAUAGACAACCCAUCCAAUGCGGUGGAGUGGACGAUGGCCGAGCUAAUCAACGAGCCAGACCUCAUGGCGAAGGCCAUGGAGGAAAUCGAUCGAGUUGUUGGGAAAGAAUCGCGAUUGGUUCAGGAAUCCGACAUCGGAAGUCUGCACUAUGUGAAGGCAUGUGUUAGGGAGGCGUUCCGGCUACAUCCAGUAUAUCCAUUUAACGUUCCCCACGUGUCUACUUGUGAUACGGUCGUGGCUGGCUACCUCAUCCCUAAGGGCAGUCACGCCCUGCUUAGCCGUUACGGGCUUGGCAGGAACCUGAAGGUAUGGACCGAUCCACUCAAGUUCGACCCAGAUCGCCACCUUGAUGGCACCGGUGAUCAUAACAGUGUGGUUCUCGCUGAGCACGAUCUUAGGUUCAUAUCAUUUAGCACGGGACGACGUGGUUGUGUGGCGACAAUGCUUGGGACUUGCAUGACCACCAUGCUGCUAGCCAGGUUGCUUCAGUGCUUCACGUGGGCUCCAUUGGAGGAUGGCAAGGGCGCCAUUGAUCUUGCUGAAGCCGAGGAUGAGCUCUUUCUAGCCACGCCUCUCGUAGCGUUUCCUAAGCCGCGUCUGGCUCCUCACUUAUACCCCAAAACAAAUUAAGAACCCGUUUGUGUUAGGAAUAUUUAUGCGUGACAUCCUUGCGCAGAGAUUAUGUUCAUCUUCUUUGUAUUAUUACAAUUUUAUCAGAUGUCUUCGAAACAAUGCAUGUAUUGUUUGCGCAGAAAAUAUAAAAAAAAAACAAAGUAUUAUGGACAUUGCAUUCAUUGUAACUAUCCCAACCAAACUAUCACCAAAACCAAACGAACCCCUUAGUUGCUGUUAGUUUAUCAUAUUUUACUCAUAAAUUGUUAGAAAACGGUACACUUAAUAUUUUGUAGUUGAGAAAUCCCAUUCUUCUUCAAAAUAAUUUCAUUUUUAGUAAAGAACUCAUAAAUGAGAGAUUGGCAACUAAUCAUGAGGGGAUGGUGUAGUCAUGACGUGGCCACAUGGCGAAAACAAGAAAUUGAUCGAGCGUUGGAAAGGAAGGACGUGGCCGCUCGAGAAAUCAUAUAUAUAAAUACUAUCUUUGACCGGCCGUUUGGCCGAAUUACUUUAAUAUAUUAAUCAUGGAAUGGAUGAAGAGUUAGAGUAAAAAAACAUUUAUUUGGGUCGAACGCACAAUUUAAAUCUAUUUGAGUCCAUAUAAUUAUACAUAUAUAGAAGGGUUAUAAGUAUAAUAAUAUGCCCUUCUACUGUGAAAUUUUAUCAAACAUGCCCUCUACUAAUUUUUGCAUCAAACAUGCACUUAUACUUUGUAAAACUGAUCAAACAUGCUCUUAUGUUAAAAUUUGCAUAAAAAAACCAUCAACCAUGGUCGAACUUUGGUUUGGGCGACACCUGUCUAAAUAUUUCUAAUAAUUUCACUUUAGAAUUGUUUUGUUUCUUUUGUAUAGCCAAAUACCUCUAAUAAUUUCACUGUAAAGAGACCUGGAAAAAUAAAUGAGGAGGAAAAACUGACAUUUCACCCCCAAUUUUUUCUAUGUCGAGUCGUGCGAAUCUCAAUUCAACAAUGGCUGGCCGUUUUUUAGUGAAAAUUUUAACAUAAGGGCAUGUUUGAUAAUUUUUUCAAAGUAUAGGGGCAUGUUUGAUGUAAAAAGUAAUAGAGGAGCAUGUUUGAUAAAACUGCAUAGUAGAUGAGCAUAUUAUACCUAUAGUAGAGGGGAUUACUUUAAUUUACUAAUUAUGGAAUGAAAGGAGAGUUAGAGCAGAAAAACAUUUAUUUGGGUCGAACGCACAAUUUGAAUCUAUUUAAGUCCAUAUAAUUAUACCUAUAAAGAAAUAUAGAUCAUCUAGCUAUUCACAUUAAACCAAUUCACACCUUCAUUAUUGGUGUUUCCACAUUUAUGUUUGUUAUAGAAAAAAAAUUUGCAAAAAUUACAUUAGAGUUGAUAUUCAAUUUUUUUUUGUACCCGAUGUAAUAGGUCUAAUUUAGACUCAAACUAAAUAGUCGUUUAUUGGUAUGACCUUCAAGUGAUAUUACCAAAUAUGAUUUGACUGGUAAUAAAUUGGGUUUGGGAAGGAUGUUUUUUUGCAAUUCAUAGUGGAGAGAAUUUUUUAGGCCACGUUUGGCAUUAGUUGUUCAUUCACCACCACAUCCAACGCUAAUGUAUCACUUUUCUAUAAGACUUUUUAAUUUACUGCGAAAUGAGAUGAUGCAAAUUCCUUCAGUUUUGGGUUCAAAAUAGUAAAUUUGCAAUCACUUAUUUACAUAGUUUCCAUCUCCUACUUUUAAAUGUGUGAGAUUUAAAGUUUCUUUAUCUAAAUUUCAUAGCAAAAUAUGAACAUGUAAAAAUUGGCAGAGGUUAGUGAACAACUAAAGAUCACAAUGAUUGUAGCUUUAGUGGUAUGGAGGUAUAUUUGAGCUCAUAAAUCAAUUAACUGCAUCUCAUCUUUCAUUGAAAAUUAAGCGAAAUUUAGGGAGUCAUUCAUUGUUAUAUAAAAGUAUUUGAGUAAAAUAUGUUUGGAAACUAUAAUUGCAUGCAUUAGUAAAUAAUAGAGUUCUUAAUUGAUAUAAAUAAUAAUCGACGGUUGUGAUUCAGCGAAAUAUAUUGAAGUGCAAAAACCAAGUGUGAACACAGGCGUACAACGUACGACUGACGUACGUUAGCCUUUGCCAUAUUUAUAGAGGAAUAUAUUAUAUCUAUAACCCAUUAAAAAAUAUACUACAAAUUUGUUCAGUCUAAUUUGUUAUGACCAAGGUUGUCACUCGAUUACACCAAUGAGUCGUUUAAGCAAGUGGGUUAAUGAUUAAUGGAUGAAUUGGAUUAACCUGGUUAAGCCUAGCUUUACCCAGGUGAAUGAAAAUUUUAUUGAUUUCACAUGUAUUAUGCUUAGAUAAAUGAAAUUUCUAUGAUAAAUUUAGAUACAAUGACGAUUUAAUAUAACUUAUUCGUUGAAAUUGAGUUUCAUUUUUAUACUUUUCUCUCACUUGGAACUGAUGCUUUAAAAUGACGCUUUAAUCCUAAAUCUCUUCCCUCUUUCUUUUUACCUUUUUCCAUUUCAUUUUCUAGUUUUUUCUUUUCUUUCUUUUCAUUGCAUAUCAAAUUCCAUUCUCAAUGUUCUUACUCUUCUUCUCCAAUUCGAUUUCAUGUAUAUAUACAAAUGAGGACAUUGGUCUUUGUUAAUCACACCAAGUCUCAAAUCCAAAUAUAUGUUCAUCUAAUCUUGUGGGUUAUUCUUUGUUUGAGAUGUGGUUGAUUGGCGAUGUGACCUUGCUGCUGGAAGGAAAAUGGAAUUGACUAUUGAGGAACUGUGUUGGCUUUUGAGAUGAUUGAGACUUGUAUUGUUGUCUGGCGACAAUGUAGUCAAAAUCGCGCUUUAAAACUUAAAAACUUACGCUUUUACGUUUCCAGGUCACUAAAACGCUUAUACACAAAAUCCCAGUUUUUAUAACUUAUAUAGUUAAAAACUCCCCUUUAAAACUUAAAAACUUACGAUUUUACGCUACUAGAUCACCAAAAUGUUUCCACGUUGAAACUCGCUUUUGACUACAUUGUCUGGCGAUACUAAAAGAGGAAAAGAUAUUAUGGGAUAACCAAACACAGGUGGUUGAUGUAUGUUGCUGCAUGGGUCUUUGAUAAGGAAAAGGACGACAUGUCAACAAAGCUAGUGAUUAGAUUUGUUGAAAAUUAUGUCGGUUUGAAGUGACUCAGUGCUUAGAUGAGUUAGUUGAAUCAACUUGAUUUCCUAAUUCAACUGGUUUUCUUAGUUUGACCAAGUUUGGGUUGAUAACCAACUGGGCCUCCAACAUCCUAACAAAUACUCGGGUUUGGGCAAAACUGAUUCGCCCAACCAUGUCAAACUUGGGUUGACAAUCAAGCUUAUUAUUCUUGUCUUUUUUGGAAGAUACAUUGGUUCAAAUUCCAAUACUUGUUUAUUUUCUACAAAUAAAUAAGUUUAAUAAUUGUGAAGGCAAAUAUACCAUUCAUACUUUCGCUCUCGUUGUAGGAAUUUGAAACGGGAAAAUAAUUUUCUCAUUCCAGUCUUAUAUAUUGUAUUGUGUUUAGACGUAGACAUAUGUCAUUGCCCUAGAAAUUCAUUAACAUAUAAAAAAAUGGUGAAAUAAACCAAUAAUUAAGCUCAAUCUCGUACAAUGAUCAUUGGAUCUAAUCAUGUCAGAUUAGGAACAUGUUGAAAGCUUAGCAGUUAAUCCGACUAAAACGUUAAAAAAACCACUCCCAUAUAGUCUGCACUGUGCAUAAGGAUAUGAUUUCUUUAUAGUUAAUUCUAAAAAUUAAUACUAAUUUAAAAUUUUGACAUUGCUUCGACCUAUUUAAUACUCUAAUUUUAUAUGCAAUAUUCAACCAAGUGAUAUACGGGUUGCAAUUUUAAAGUUAUCCUCUGUUUAUAAUAUACAUUGAAAUAUAAAUUAAGUAUUAAAAUAUAAUUAAAAUAAUAAAAAAUAUGAAAGUUGAAGUAUCAAAUCACCUAAUAAGUACUUAUGAGAGAUUUAGUUGCUAGCUAACCGCUGAAAAGGUCUUAUGAUUUUUGAGAUUUUAGGUUUGUGUAUGUUUUUCUCUUAAAAGAUAUAACAAAUAUAUGUAGUGUGAUUGGUUGUAGCCAUUCCCUCUUUUAAAAGUGGCCAUGGUUCAAAUCCUCAUAUGUAUAUAUUUUUUUAUGAAUAAAUAAGAAAGAAAUAAGUAGUUGUAAAGACAAAAACGUCAUUCCUACUUUCACUCUCGAUGCAGGAAAUUUGAAAUAGAGCAGUGAGUUUUGGCUUUCACCUUUAAUAAUACAAGUGAUGUUCA